AAACAGGAAACGCCCGCUGCUACCGUGUCAUGUGACUGGGCCCAAUAUGGCCGCCGCCUGUUAGCUGAGGAGAACUGGAGCGGCGGCAGGGAGGGGAGCGGCGAGGGAAGCGCUCCGUUGUUCCGCCGUCGAGGCCGGGGCUCCGGCCGCCGCAGGCCCUCCCUCGCUGCCUCCCUCCCUGCGGGUCUCCAUCCUUCCCUCCCUCGGGGUCCGGCGGGCGGCGUCAAGGGGCGCGAUGAACCCGGCGGAGAAGGACUUCUCGCCGCUGACCCCGAGCAUCGUCCGCGCCCUUAAUGACAAGCUUUACGAGAAGCGGAAAGUGGCCGCGCUGGAGAUCGAAAAGCUGGUGCGGGAGUUCGUGGCCCAGAACAGCACUGCUCAGAUCAAGCAUGUCAUCCUGGUCCUUUCGCAGGAGUUUGCCCUUUCCCAGCACCCGCACAGCCGCAAAGGGGGCCUCAUUGGCCUGGCCGCCUGCUCCAUCGCCCUCGGGAAGGACUCUGGGCUGUACUUGAAGGAGCUGAUUGAGCCUGUGCUGACCUGCUUCAAUGACGCUGACAGCCGCCUGCGCUACUACGCCUGCGAGGCACUCUACAACAUCGUGAAAGUGGCCAGGGGCUCUGUCCUGCCUCACUUCAAUGUCCUUUUUGAUGGCCUGAGCAAGCUUGCUGCGGAUCCAGACCCAAAUGUCAAAAGUGGUUCUGAACUCUUGGACCGGCUUCUGAAGGACAUUGUGACUGAAAGCAACAAGUUUGACCUGGUGAGCUUCAUCCCCCUCCUGCGUGAGAGAAUCUACUCCAAUAAUCAAUAUGCACGACAGUUCAUCAUCUCCUGGAUCUUGGUACUAGAGUCUGUUCCUGAUAUCAACCUUCUGGAUUACCUACCAGAGAUUCUAGAUGGCCUCUUCCAGAUCUUGGGGGACAAUAGCAAGGAGAUCCGUAAGAUGUGUGAAGUGGCCCUUGGCGAGUUUCUGAAAGAGAUUAAGAAGAACCCUUCCAGUGUCAAGUUUGCUGAAAUGGCCAACAUCCUGGUCAUCCACUGCCAGGCCUCUGAUGACCUGAUCCAGCUGACAGCCAUGUGUUGGAUGCGUGAGUUCAUCCAGUUGGCUGGCCGGGUCAUGUUACCAUAUUCCUCGGGGAUCCUGACAGCUGUCCUGCCGUGCCUCUCCUACGAUGACCGGAAGAAGAGCAUCAAAGAGGUGGCCAAUGUCUGCAACCAGAGCCUGAUGAAGCUGGUCAUUCCGGAAGAUGACGAGGCGGACGAGGGCAAGCAGGCCGUUACGGUGCUCCCUGGGGAGGCUGACCACGAGGAAGCUCUGGCCAAGCAGGCGGUGGUCUCCGGCGGAUCCCUUGAUGCUUCUGGCGAUUCCAACUUCAGCAACAACAGCGUUUUUAUGCCAGCCAGCACCGAGCGAAUCCAGGUGACCCUGAACCUUGACGGAAUUGUCCAGGUGCUGGACUGCCACCUUCAUGACGCCAGUGCUGGAAUGAUGACCCGGAUUGCAGUCCUGAAGUGGCUCUACCACUUGUACAUCAAGACCCCUCGCAAGAUGUUCCGACAUACAGACAGUCUCUUCCCCAUCUUGCUAAAGACCUUGUCUGAUGAAUCCGAUGAGGUUAUUUUGAAGGACCUUGAAGUCUUGGCAGAGAUUGCAUCUUCUCCGGCCGGGCAGACGGAAGGCCAGGGGACCCACGAUACUCCCAACGUACGAUCGGGGCAACUGGAGCUGGCCCUUCCGGCUCCAGCAAAAACUAACCAGUCUGGCUCCUCUGGUGCCAAGGGGGCCCUGGAGUGCUCUCCCUCCACUCCCACUAUGAACUCCUACUUCUACAAGUUCAUGAUCAACUUGCUCAAGAGGUUCAGCAGCGAGCGGAAGCUGCUGGAGAUGCGGGGAGCCUUCAUUAUCAGACAGCUGUGCCUGCUCCUGAACGCAGAGAACAUUUUCCACUCCAUGGCAGACAUCCUUCUGCGAGAGGAGGACCUGAAGUUUGCCUCCACGAUGGUCCACACCCUCAACACCAUCCUCCUGACCUCUUCCGAACUCUUCCAGCUGAGGAACCAGCUCAAGGACCUGAAGACACUGGAAAGCCGGAACCUCUUCUGCUGCCUGUACCGCUCCUGGUGCCACAACCCUGUGACCACCGUCUCCCUCUGCUUCCUUACCCAGAACUACAAGCACGCCUACGACCUCAUCCAGAAGUUCGGCGACCUGGAGGUCACAGUGGACUUCCUGAUUGAGGUGGACAAACUGGUGCAGCUGAUCGAGUGCCCGAUUUUUACCUAUCUCCGGCUGCAGCUGCUGGACGUCAAGAGCAACCCGUACCUCAUCAAGGCUCUUUAUGGGCUCCUGAUGCUUCUCCCGCAGAGCAGCGCCUUUCAGCUCCUUUCCCAUCGGCUCCAAUGCGUCCCCAACCCAGAGCUCAUGCAGGCGGCUGCAGCAGCGGCGGACAGCUCAAAGACCGGCCUCGGGUUCAAGAAGGCUGCCACUAACACCCCCAUCGACUACGCCGAGCUGCUGCAGCACUUUGAGAAAGUCCAGGACAAACACCUGCAGGUCCGGCACCAGCGAGCCGCCCGGGGAGAGAACCUGGACCGAAGGGCAGUCUUCUGAAGGCCGGCCGGCCGGCCAGUCACCCCCUCCUUCCCUGCCAGGGGGCACAGAGAAAGUGGGUGGCCAGAGCAGUGUUGCUUCCAUACUUGGGAACAAUGUGGAGGUAAAAGGGCAGCCAUGGGCAUGUGGCCAAGGAGCACCCUGGCCUUCAGCAACCGGCCCCCGUUUGCCCCCAAUGGAGGGGCUGCUCUUCAUGAGGACGGAGCUGGUGGGGGGCCAGUCCUUGCCUUUCCUCAGGACCUUGCCUUGCAGCGGUCACACAAUGGCCAUAGCCUUGCUGUGACCAUCACAGUUGGGAGAAAGGCCAGUGGGAUGGAAAGGCAGCCUCUGGGGAGGCAGGUCUUUUGUGGCCCCCUCUGCCAGACUGGCCUGGGCACCUGUUUGCUCUCUCACCUGGCACGCCGGUCCUUGUGCAUGCGACCGACACCUGCGACGUGCAAAAGGACCCCAGCAGGGCCACCCCAAUCACGUCUGUGGGUGCACAGCCUUAAAAGUCCAGCCCCUGCCCCCUGCAUUAUGUGUACAUGGACAGACAGAUCUUGGACCAAUGAGAUUUGUAGCCUGAGGGCAUCUUUGUACUAUUGUAAAAAUGUCCCUUGUUGAAAUAAAAGGAUCAUGGGAAACUCAACCCCA